AUGGAGAACAACGGAUCCGAUUGGAAGAUAGAUCAGGUGGCCAUGUGGCUCGGCUCCACCGUCUCUUCCGCCUUCUUCUCCUCCUUGGAGCGCUUUUCCUGCGUCAACCUCGCCACCUCCGACCCCGACAACGACGAAGACGACGACGAUUACUACUCCACCACCAGCGCCACUCCCACCGCGGCAUCCAUCGCUGCCAACAGCACCGCCGAUCCUCCCUCCGUCCCGGUCAACGCCGAAAAAGCAAACGACGUCUCUAACCUCCCCGUUUGA